UUGUCUCUUUUCUCUCCUAUCUAUCUAUCUAUCUAUCUAUCUAUCUAUCUAUCUAUCUAUCUAUCUAUCUAUCUAUCUAUCUAUCAUUCUCUUCGUCUUUCUCAUCAUCUAUCUAUCUAUCUAUCUAUCUAUCUAUCUAUCUAUCUAUCUAUCUAUGUCAUUCUCUUCUAUAACAAUCAUCAUAUCCGUAAUCUCUCUCUCUCUCUCUCUCUAUAUAUAUAUAUCAGUCUUUUCUCAUCUAUCUAUCUAUCUAUCUAUCUAUCUAUCUAUCUAUCUAUCUAUCUAUCUAUCUAUCUAUCUCAUCUUCUCAUCUAUCUAUCUAUCUAUCUAUCUAUCUAUCUAUCUAUCUAUCUCAGUCUUCUCAUCUAUCUAUCUAUCUAUCUCAUAUAUGCUCAUCUCGCUUUAUCUCUCUGUUUGUCUCUUUCUCCCUAUCUAUCUAUCUAUCUAUCUAUCUAUCUAUCUAUGUCAUUCUCUUCGGUAACAAUCACAUUCCGUAAUCUCUCUCUCUCUCUCUCUCUCUCUCUCUCUCUCUAUCUCUAUAUAUAUAUAUAUAUCAGUCUUUUCUCAUCUAUCUAUCUAUCUAUCUAUCUAUCUCUAUCUAUCUAUCUAUCUAUCUCAGUCUAUCUCUUCUUCUUAUCUAUCUAUCUAUCUAUCUAUCUAUCUAUCUCAGUCUUUUCUCAUUUAUCAAUCUAUCUAAAAUCUCCUUCAUCUCUCUGUGUGUCUCUUUCUCCUAUCUAUCUAUCUAUCUAUCUAUCUAUCUAUCCAUUUCUCUUCUUAACAAUCAUUUCCUCUUUCUCAUCUAUCUAUCUAUCUAUCUAUCUAUCUCUAUCUAUCUCAGUCUUCUCAUCUAUCUAUCUAUCUAUCUAUCUAUCUAUCUAUCUAUCUAUCUCAUAUAUGCUCAUCUCGCUUUAUCUCUCUGUUUGUCUCUUUUCUCCCUUUCUAUCUAUCUAUCUAUCUAUCUAUCUAUCUAUCUCUAUCUAUCUAUCUAUGUCAUUCUCUUCAUCUUUUCUCAUCUAUCUAUCUAUCUAUCUAUCUAUCUAUCUCAGUCUUCUCAUCUAUCUAUCUAUCUAUCUAUCUAUCUAUCUCAGUCUUUUCUCAUUUAUUAUCUAUCUAUCUAAAAUCUCUCAAGAUAUAUCUCUCUUUCUCUAUCUAUCUCAUCUCUCUUUUAUCUCUCUGUCUCUCUUUCUCCCUAUCUAUCUAUCUAUCUAUCUAUCUAUCUAUCUAUCUAUCUAUCUAUCUAUCUAUGUCAUUCUCUUCAUUAACAAUCACAUUCCCCAUAAUCUCUCUCUCUCUCUCUCUCUCUCUCUCUCUAUAUAUAUAUAUAUAUAUAUCUAUAUAUAUAUCUAUCUAUCUUUUCUCAUCGAUCUAUCUAUCUCUAUCUAUCUAUCUAUCUAUCUAUCUAUCUAUCUAUCUAUCUAUUCUUUUCUCAUCAUCUAUCUAUCUAUCUAUCUAUCUAUCUAUCUAUCUAUCUAUCUAUCUCAUCUCUUCUCAUCUAUCUAUCUAUCUAUCUCAUUCUGUUCUUUCUUUUCUAUCUAUCUAUCUAUCUCUAUCUAUCUAUCUAUCUAUCUCAGUCUUCUCAUCUAUCUAUCUAUCUAUCUAUCUAUCUAUCUAUCUCAGUCUUUUCUCAUUUAUCCAUCUAUCAAUCUAUCUAAAAUCUCAAAGAUAGAUCUCUCUUUCUCUAAGUAUAUGCUCAUCUCCUUUAUCUCUCUGUUUGUCUCUUUCUCCCUCAUCUAUCUAUCUAUCUAUCUAUCUAUCUAUCUAUCUAUCUAUCUAUCUAUGUCAUUCUCUUCGUCUUUUCUCAUCUAUCUAUCUAUCUAUCUAUCUAUCUAUCUAUCUAUCUAUCUAUCUAUCUAUCUAUCUAUUCUCUUCAAUAACAAUCAAUCAUCAUCCGUAAUCUCUCUGUCUGUCUCUCUCUCUCUCUCUAUAUAUAUAUAUAUCAGUCUUUUCUCAUCUAUCUAUCUAUCUAUCUAUCUAUCUAUCUAUCUAUCUAUCUUCUAUCUAUCUUCUAUCUAUCUAUCUAUCUAUCUAUCUAUCUAUCUAUCUAUCUAUCUAUCUAUCUAUCUCAGUCUUCUCAUCUAUCUAUCUAUCUAUCUAUCUAUCUAUCUAUCUCAUAUAUGCUCAUCUCUCUUUAUCUCUCUGUUUGUCUCUUUCUCCCUAUCUAUCUAUCUAUCUAUCUAUCUAUCUAUGUCAUUCUCUUCGGUAACAAUCACAUUCCGUAAUCUCUCUCUCUCUCUCUCUCUCUCUAUCUCUAUAUAUAUAUAUAUCAUCUUUUCUCAUCUAUCUAUCUAUCUAUCUAUCUAUCUAUCUAUCUAUCUAUCUCAGUCUUCUCUAUCUAUCUAUCUAUCUAUCUAUCUAUCUAUCUCAGUCUUUUCUCAUUUAUCAAUCUAUCUAAAAUCUCCUUCAUCUCUCUGUGUCUCUUUCUCCCUAUCUUUCUAUCUAUCUAUCUAUCUAUCUAUCUAUCUAUGUCAUUCUCUUCAUCUUUUCUCAUCUAUCUAUCUAU